AUAAACUGCAUAUCCAGACUAGCUGAUGCUUUCUCAGAAGAGUUACAAACUUUUCUGUAUCGGAGAAUCCGACAUCUAUCAACAGCAGUCAGUAACGAUCCAACACAUUACAGACACAGGACAUACAGGACAUACCCAAUAAAGAGGCUUCUACACCAUGGAAACCUUGCAGUUUCAAUGAAGAAAAGAGAGACUCCCAAGAGUCUGGACUAGCACCCCAGAGAGACCUAAACAGUUGUGGUUUGGACAUUAUGCUAUGAUUGUUCCCACUGCUGACCAAACUGCCGCCUAUUCUGCAUGCAAUCUGUCGCAUCCUCCUGUACUGGUCUUUCUGGACUUUGAUGGAACUAUUGCUACAAAAGACACUGGCACUGUCAUUAUCGAUUCCUGCAUGGGUUAUGAUGUUCGCAAGGCUUUGGAUAAGCAGAUUCUUGAUGGGACUGUCACUUUCCGGGAUGCUGUCGAGAAGAUGUGGUAUGCAGUCACUCUCUCUUGGGAUGAGGGCAUGUCGCUUGUAUCCGAUAUUCCUUUGGAUUCAAAGUUUACAGAAUUCUUCAAUGUCUGCAUUGCCAAUAACAUCCCGAUUACUGUCGUCAGCAGUGGUAUUCAGGCUCUUGUCGAGCACUUUUUGGAUCAUUAUAUUAAACUAACGGGUGGAAACAAGGAUAUGCUUCGCAUUGUUGCCAACGAUAUCAAGAUUGAAAAAGGUGGAUGGAAGAUUAUUUAUCGUGACGACUCUGACUAUGGUCAUGACAAGGGAAAUGAGCUAAGGCUUGCCAAAGCUAAAUAUGAAGGAUUGGCAACUCGACCCAUCAUUUUCUAUGCAGGUGAUGGCGUUUCGGAUCUCUCGGCUGCUCAUGAGGCAGAUAUUGUAUUCGCCAAAAGAGGCAAGGAUUUGGAGACUUGGUGCAAAAAAGAAGGGCUUGCAUAUACUGCUUGGGAUGAUUUUUCCACCAUUUCACAAGUGCUAAAGGCCACUUUAUCCAAGCACAUAUCUUGAAUGAAUUGAUUACUGUAACCGC